GCUAAAGCUUUUCAUACAUUCACUCUCUAGCCUAUGAGAGAGGGAGAGGGGCGCUCUUUCCAUGGUGCCAGGCAUCCACGGCCUAGGGUUUUCUAGUUUCUAGCUCCAAGAACGGGCCGGCACCCGCAUUGCGCCGAUUCUCCAGGUUUCUCUCGGUUCUUGCCACUUGUUUGCCAGAUUCUCCUCGUUCUGGCGCUGGAAUCGCCGAAAUAUCGUCCUAGCCGCGCAGCAUUGCGAUAUUUCGAGGCCAGGCCGCUCGCUACUCGUUUCCUCGCUAGGAAAUCCAGGGAAUCCGUGCAGGGAUGUCGCGCCACGGCAGAAUGCGCGCUUCUUUCGACUCCGAGGCGACGAGCCUGGGCCCUUCGCCGCCGCAAUCGCCCCGGCAUCCGGUCUACUUCGUCCAGAGCCCCUCGCGCGACUCCCACGACGGCGACUACAAGCCCUCGGUGCAAUCCACGCCCAUGAUCAGCCCCUCGGCGUCGCCCAUGCAUCACUCGUUCGUGCGCUCCUCCAACGCCUCCUCGGCCGACACGGUGUCUGGGCAGCACAAGCUUGGAUCGAGGAAGGUGCUGCCACAGCCUUCGUAUGGAAGCGAUGCUCACGGCCGUGGUGGGUAUCGCAAGAAGGGAUACAAGCCAUGGGUUCCCGGCGGCACCAUCAUGGAGGAGGAGGAGCAAAUGCCCGGCGCAGCCAAGAAGGGCCUCUCGCGGUGCUGCAUGUGUGGACUCAGCUUCCUGGGCUGCGUCCUCGUGUUUGGAUUCAUCGCUAUGAUCUUCUGGUUGGUCUGUCGGCCUCGCGCCCCGGAGCUGCGAGUCAAGGAUAUCAUUUUCAAUGAGUUUUUCGUGGUCGACGGGAGUGCCCAAGGCGUGCCAACUCGGGUCUUAACGGCGAAUUGCACGAUCAAGGUCAUGUUCCACAAUCCCUCCAAGUACUUUGGGCUUCAUGUGAGCGACUCGGAUGUUACGCUGGACUACACGCAGCUGAGCGUCGGGACCGGCAAGAUAGCCAAGUUCUACCAGGCAAAGAACAGCAAGAGGGCGUUUUCGGUGAACGUUGUCGCUGUCAGGAUACCCCUGUAUGGCGCGGGUCCGAACCUACAGAGCCUGACACAGGCCGGUGGCGGCGUUCCCUUGCAAAUUAAAGCCGCGCUGCCGUCGCGGGCCUACGUCUUUGGCAAGCUCGUCAAGCCGAAGUUCAGGAGCUACUUCUCGUGCGACGUGACGGUGAACAGCAGCGGCAAGAACUUCCUCAAGCUCCUGGGCAAGCAGUGCACAUACACGGCUCCACCAAAGCCUUGACAAUCAAUCCCAGAUCCAGACGACGGUCUCUUUGUUCCUACCUAGCGGCGAUCUCGAGAGUGAGCAGUGGUGGCUUUGUCUUCCAAGCGCAAGUAUGACGACGACGAGGUAUGUAUAGGAUGUUGCAAGAGAAAAAAAAAAGAGAGAGAGAAGAAGAUUCUUCUUGAGAGACUUUAGUUGGGGUGGAGCAUCAUCAUCACUCGGUGUUAGUACAACGGUACAACACAUCGAUGUUACGUUUGUGCUUGUGAGGUUCUAAUGUAAAUCGUUUACAGGGUGCGCGUUUUUUUCUAAAAGAAAAGUCUCUCGAUCUCGCCAUCACCGUUGCUUUGCGAGCGUAAACAAGGAAUAAGUUGGAGCCUCGUUUUCUCUUCCCAACAGCUGUUUUUGUUGUAUUACGCAGGUCCUCUGAGUGUGAGCUCAGCGUCCUUGUACUGCCGUGGGGUCACCAUAGAUUGGCAAGAUCAAAGACUCUUCCUCUAGCUACUAAACAGAUUCUAUCAUGGAUCACUCAGUGCGAUCACUUUCCUUGAUUUUUAAGAGGCCUCAGGCCGUGGAUUGGAAUGGAUGGAAUUGAAUAAGAAAAAAAAUCUGGAUCCA